AUGGUAAGACCAAGAAGAGCUGGAGCUAACUAUAGGGCUAACUCGGAAGAACCUCAACCGGAAGUGCAAGGAGGUAGAGGCAGGGGCCGGGGUGGUAGAGGCCGUGGUGGAGGACGAGGUAGGGGCCGAGGUAGGGGUCGUGGUGAGGCUCCUAGGCCUAACUUGGCGGAUGUGAUUGCUCAAACGGUCACCAAUAUCAUGCCAACUAUUGGUGCCCAAGUCCAAGCAACUCUUGAUAGGAACAAUGGGGUACAACCUAAUGAGCAUCAAAAUGUUGGAAACCCGAAAAAUGUGAAUGAUGAGGGUACUCAACCUCAUGUUGUAGAAGAAUAG